GGCAGGCGCCGCCGGGACGGGCACGGGCGCGCGGGCGCCGGCUGCCUCAGUCCGUCGCUCGCUGGCUGGCUCGCUCUCUCGUCCGCAUUCUCGCCAGCUGCGGGGCCUGACUCGCCCCAGCGCUCUCAGGAAAGGAGAGGAGCAGAGGACGCCGACAAGUUCGCGCAGCAGCCGCGAUCCCGGCCGAGGCGGAGGCUGCGGUUCCGACGGGGCAGGCGAGUGCUCCACGGAGGGGCGCACGGCUAGGGCGUCCGCGGCGAGGGGCGCUCGGACCUCCGGCUCUGCGCGGGGCCGUGGGCCAGGACCCCAUGAGACGCGCCCACGAGGGGCCCGAGAUCCGAAGCCCGGGCGGCGCGCAGCGGAGGCGGAGGGCGGUGCUGCAGCUGCAGGAUCCGGAGAGCGGCCGGCAGGAGGCGGCGGCGAGAACUUGAACUUGGCGUUAGGAGCGGGCGCCCCGGACGCCCCCCGCCGGGGCCGGGGCGCCGAGGGACCUGGGUGGCAGCUCUGCCCCCCGAAUGGCCGCGGCGGCGGACCGGGAUCCCGCGCCGCGGCCCUAGGCGGCCUCUCGCAAUGGCCAAGUGGCUGAACAAGUACUUCAGUUUGGGCAACAGCAAGACCAAGAGCCCCCCGCAGCCGCCGCGGCCCGACUACCGCGAGCAGCGGCGCCGAGGCGAGCGGCCCUCGCAGCCCCCACAGGCCGUGCCGCAGGCCGCCUCUGCCGCCUCGGCGUCCUGCGGUCCAGCCGCCGCCUCCUGCUUCUCGGGCUCUUCGGGCUCGCUGCCCGACGACAGCGGCAGCACGAGCGACCUCAUCCGCGCCUACCGCGCGCAGAAGGAGCGCGACUUCGAGGACCCCUACAACGGCCCCGGCUCGUCGCUGCGCAAACUGCGCGCCAUGUGCCGCCUGGACUACUGCGGCGGCGGCGGGGAGCCGGGCGGGGGCCAGCGCGCCUUCUCGGCCUCGUCCGCGUCGGGCGCCGCCGGCUGCUGCUGUGCCUCGGGCACGGGCGCCGCUGCGUCCUCGUCCUCGUCCUCUGGCUCCCCGCACCUCUACCGCAGCAGCAGCGAGCGGCGGCCCGCCACGCCGGCCGAGGUGCGCUACAUCUCCCCCAAGCAUCGCCUUAUCAAAGUGGAGAGCGCCGUGGGCGGCGGUGCUGGGGACCCCCAGGGGGGCGCCUGCUCUGGCGGCCGCACCUGGAGCCCGACGGCCUGCGGAGGCAAGAAACUGCUCAACAAGUGCGCAACCUCGGCCGCAGAGGAGAGCGGUGCUAGCAAGAAGGACAAGGUGACCAUAGCUGAUGACUACUCAGACCCCUUUGAUGCCAAGAAUGACCUCAAGAGCAAAGCAGGAAAGGGGGAGAGCGCUGGUUACAUGGAGCCGUAUGAGGCCCAGAGGAUCAUGGCAGAAUUUCAAAGGCAGGAAAGUGUCCGGUCCCAGCAUAAAGGCAUCCAGUUAUACGACACCCCUUACGAACCCGAAGGCCAGAGUGUCGACUCGGACUCGGAGACCGCGGUCAGCCCCCGACUGCGGGAGAGCAAGCUGCCCCAGGAUGACGACAGGCCCGCUGACGAGUACGACCAGCCGUGGGAGUGGAACCGCGUCACCAUCCCAGCCCUGGCAGCCCAGUUUAACGGCAACGAGAAGCGGCAGUCAUCCCCCUCGCCUUCCCGGGACCGGCGGCGCCAGCUUCGUGCUCCUGGAGGGGGCUUCAAGCCCAUCAAACAUGGGAGCCCCGAGUUCUGUGGGAUCCUGGGAGAAAGAGUGGACCCUGCCGUUCCCCUGGAGAAGCAAAUAUGGUAUCACGGAGCCAUCAGCAGAGGAGACGCCGAGAACCUGCUGCGACUCUGCAAGGAGUGCAGCUACCUUGUCCGGAAUAGCCAGACCAGCAAGCACGACUACUCCCUCUCCCUGAAGAGCAACCAGGGUUUUAUGCACAUGAAACUGGCCAAAACCAAAGAGAAAUACAUUCUGGGUCAGAACAGCCCCCCAUUCGACAGCGUCCCAGAAGUCAUCCACUACUACACCACCAGAAAGCUGCCCAUCAAGGGAGCGGAGCACUUGUCCCUCCUCUACCCCGUGGCUGUGCGGACCCUGUGAGCGGCCAGCUCUGCCCUGCUCUGGGGAGGAGCCUGAGGAAUCGGAGGCCCCUGCCAGCCCCCACAGCCACUGGUGCGGCCGGGUCCAGUUUGUGUCGUGUGUAUGGUACUAUCACACCACUGCAUGUCUCUAGAAUGCUGUCACCACUUACGGGGGCUGGAGGAAGCCUGGACAAAGACAGAGGGACAGCCAGCACACCACCCCAGCCCCCACCCCACCCUCCUUGAGUUUCUGUGAAUUAAAAUAUUUGCAAAUCCAAA